GUCAGAACAGUAAUCCAAAAUGGAUACGGAAGAAACUGCCUCGCAACCAACUUCGGAAGAGGUGGACAAAAUAUUUUUCAAACUAGUCCAUACAGAUAAAAGUCAAGAACUUGAACAAUGCCUGAAACAAUAUUUGUGCUAUUUGUUGAAGGCUAUGAGCUCAGAAAAAGUCAGGAAAACGAUAUUGGAACUAUUCGUGCAUAUAAAGAGGCGUAUAGAAGCUGAUGACAAAGUGAAAUUACCUAUUGACGAAAUGAUUCAAAUUUUUAAUGAUUCAACAUCUUAUAGUAUGAAUUUUUCUCUCGUCUUUAUCAAAUUGGGAUUGAGUAGAGAGGACAUACAAACUCAAGUUCGUUGUAUACCAAAACUUUUGAAUGCCGGAAUAAAUGAAGGGAAAGUGCAGCAUAUUCAAGACAAUGUACUUCAGCUUAUAACACCAUCUUUGAUUCAUUUAAGACUUGAUAAUGACAAAGAGACUUGUAAUCUACUGAAAUCACUCUCGGACCGUUGUAAACGUUUACUUAGAAAUCAGUUAAAAAACGUCUUACUACUUCCCUACGGAUUAUCAUUGCCAUUCAAGCCUAAACCAAAUACAACCACCGGUAGCAAAGAAGUCAUUGAGAAAUCGACCCUUUUCUCACCAUGUGGAAUGAGUAAAAAUUCAUUGAAAAGUACUUGUGGAACUGUUGCUCCCAGCGCAGAAAACUUAGAACAGUGGAAGAAAGCAGCGGUUCACAUUUUAAGUUCUGAUGUAUUAAAUGAAGUAGAUGUUAUCGUACCGUUAGUUAUAGCAUCAGCUGAUACGAGACAUAGUGUUGCUACAACUGCCGAUUUGGAGUUAAAGAGAAGAGCAGAUGAAGAAAUGUGGAAUAAUAAAACGGUUAUGAAUGAAUUAGUUAUUUUGCUAAAUGGUACUUGUGGACAAAAGAAGGCAACGUUAGAGGGGAAAUUGAAAGAAGAUGAUCUAACAAUGCCAGCUGAUAUUCGAUUAAAAAUGAAAUUGUUACCACUCUUUACAAGAUCAACCUACAUUCCAACAUCUGUUAGCCUGGCUAUACAAAUAAUCUUUCCAACUCUUUACGACAAGAGAGUUCCUCCUAAUCAGAAAUUAGUGAACUUACUAGUAAAAUUUAUUCACUCUAUAACUCUGAGGACCUCAGAUAAAGUAUUCGAAGGAUUGGGACCGCUUCUAAUGGAACAUAUGAUGAAAUUUCGAAAAAAUGAGACUGUGGAUCCGAAAAGUUUAGGUAUGAUUUAUGAAGUUUUAGGGAAAGUUUGUCAAAGGCUUCCUCACUUGGUUGAGAAAUACUUUGAUGAUUUUAAAUCUUGGUUUGAUAUAUUACAUCUCGAAAAGGGAGAUAAAGAAUUACAAAUGAGUGUGUACCAAGCUUUGAUAACUAUGGUUGCUUCAUUCAAAAAUCUUCGAAAAGAGCGGUUGGAAUUUCUUCAGUGUUUAUUGCUUCAUUAUAUAGGUCAAAAGCAAGAUUUGCUACGGCAUGCUGCUGUUCAUUACGCUGAACAGGCCUUUCCUUCAGAUCACAUACCAACACGAUUUGUCUUACUAUUAGCCGCAGCUGAUAAAAAAUCAUCUAUAACUCAAGCCGCCGAUAAAUAUUUAAAUACCGCAUUGGAAGACGGAAAUACUAAAUUUCCAGUAUUCGAGGAUAUGUUGGAAUACACCGUUGAGAAGUUGUCUGAAAAUAAAGACAAAACACUUGACCCGAAAAAGUAUUCAAUGGAAACUUUAAUAAAGAUUAUUCAUUAUCUAUAUAAGUGCUUGCAAGAUACCAGUAAGAAAACAUGCACUAUAAAAAAUGACACAUUUCUUAACAUGGAUCGAGAUUCUAGUAACCGAGCAAAAGACUUAAAUUUGGAUUUGACUUUUAAAGCAUCUCAAGGUUAUGUUUGGGCUUUAGGUGAAAUCAUUAGUCAACUAAUGAUUCAGGUAGAUUCUUGUGAAGGAACAAAGCGUAGGAAAAUAGACAAAAAAAAUGAAGACAUGAUCUCAAAUAAAAUCAAUGAAGUGAUUGUGUUAUUAUGUGAAGAGCUCGUAAAAUGCGAACAAAAAUGCACUGGAGCAACCAUGAAUUUAGUUUGUGCUUUAUGUGAUGCUAUUGGUAGUAUAGGUUUGUCAUACGCGCUACCUUUACCUGAAAAAAAUGGUGGUAGCGUGACUAAAGAGCGAUUGGUCAACAAACUCUUAGAAAUGAUUGCGGCAACCAACGUGAACGGCAAGUUAAGAGAGCAUGCUGCAAUAGCCGUUGGUCGUUUGUGCGUCGGUGAAGAAAGGUUUCCAUUUAGAGACAAAAUCCUGAAGGAACUCUUGAACAGUGCUGGACCAAGGCAGCUGAACCUUCAUAUAACAAUUGGAAGAGCCCUAAUUGAUGUGGGACUGGGCAGAUUAUCUUUUUCAAAAAAUUAUCUGCUCCAAAAAGACGAUGAUACUUACGAAAAAGAAACAAAAGAAACAUUGAACAAUCUAAGCGUUGAUGAUGAUCGAAUUGGAAAGAUAAUGACCGAAUUAAUCACAGUACUAUUUAAUAGCCAGAAUCCUCAUAUUCGUCAGGCUGGAUGCAUUUGGCUCCACUCAGUUUUAAGAUAUUGUUCUUCAUUUCAUCCCGGAAUUUUAUCUCGAUUACCAGAAAUUCAAAAUGCUUUCAUUAAACUUUUAGUAGACAGAGAUGAAUUAACCCAAGGUCUAGCUUCUCAGGCUCUGUCAAUUGUUUUUGAGAGAAGUCCUACUAGCGAUCAGAACAAGAUGGUAUCAACUCUUGUGGAUGCAUUAAUGGGCAAAAAAAAGCAUAAACAAGAACUAACUCCAGAUACAAAACUGUUUGAGGAAGGUGCUCUAGGUCAGACUCCAGAUGGACAGAAUUUGUCAACUUACAGAGAACUUUGUUCGAUUGCAAAUGACCUAAAUCAACCUGAUUUAGUUUACAAAUUUUUACAUUUGGCUAAUCAUCAAGCCGUUUGGAAUUCUAUGAAAGGUGCAGCGAUUGGUUUUAAGUCUAUUGCCUCAAAUGCUAGUGACCAGCUUGCCCCCCAUCUAGAUAUCAUUAUACCAAAACUCUACCGAUAUCAGUUUGAUCCAAACCCAAAAGUCCAAGCAGCUAUGUCUUCUAUUUGGAACGCUUUGGUGCCAGACGGUCAUAAGAGUGUUCCUGAACACUUUUUGAAGAUAUUAUUAGAGUUGAAUAAAAGUAUGAUGUCCCAGUUGUGGAGAGUUAGAGAGUCAUCUUGCCUUGCUCUGAACGAACUUUUGAGAGUUUGUGAUAUGAACAACGAACUAACCUUUUUGGUUCCUUUAUGGAAAACCAUUUUGAAGGUUGUAGAUGAUAUGAAAGAAUCUGUUCGACUGGCGGCAGAGAAAACCUGUAAUACUCUAAGUCGGAUUACAAUAAAAUUAUGUGAUCCAAAUUACGGACGAUAUCCUGCGAAGGCUUGCAGUCAGGUAAUUCCAGUGUUCUUGGAUGAGGUAGAGAGCCGAUGUGAAACAGUAAGGAUUGUAUGCUUGAAAACUCUGAUGCAUCUAGAAAUAACUGUACAUGUUCGUGAUUACAUACCUGACAUAAUAAUCACAAUGCUCGAAUGCUUGAGUACUCUUGAACCAGCAAAGUUGAAUUAUCUAUCAAACUGGUUAGCGAAUGAUGCAGAACUAAAAGAUAAGCUUGAAACUGCUCGGGCCUCAGCCUCUAAGACUUCUACAGCUAUGCAGGUUGUUAAAAAGUGUGUAAAGCACAUUGAUUGUUCUACAGCAGAAAAAUUAGUUCCAAAAUUGGUGGAUUUAAUGAAGCGAGGAGUUGGCUUAGGAACUCAUAUUGGUUGCGCAAACUUAUUGACUACUUUAGUAGUACACAAGGCGGAGGAAAUUAGACCUCAUGGAGAUACUCUUCUAAGAGCAGCUAUUCACAAAUCCAAUCAAAAGGAAAAGCAAGCUAUAAUAAGAAGAUCAUAUGCAUCUGCUGUGGGUCACCUCGUUAGAGUGGCCACCCCUAUUCUCGUUCAAAAGAUGUGUGAGAAAACUCUUAUUAACGCUUAUUUAACUGCUGAUAACGACGAAGCUACCAAAAACGACGUUCGACAAGAUGUUUGUGAGAUAAUUAAUGCGUGGUCGAAAUAUUCUCCAAGCCUAUUUUCUCAAUACCUUUCUCUUAUGCUACCUUUGAUAUAUUUUGCCAUGCAAGGAACACGUCAACGCGGUAGGGAAUUAGCAAAGAGUGGCGAAACUGAAGCACAGGAAAGGGCCAUUGCUCAAAGACAUACUAUAUGGCAGGAGACGUGGACAGAAUUUACUUCUUCAUCUGAAAGUGCUUUACGUCUGUAUAGUAAUGAACUAACAAGCCUCGCAAAAAUUGCCCUAAUAUCCAAUAGUUGGACUUUAAGGAAGCAAGGAGCAUUAACCAUAUCAGCUAUGACUGACUUUAUCGGCAAAGAAAUGCUGGAUGACGAAAGGCACCGAGAUCUGUUACAAACAAUGAUUGAAAUGCUUAAGCAAAGCUAUUGGACUGGAAAGAUUGAAGUCAUAAAUGCUAUUGGGUCUAUAUGCGCUAGCUAUGACCCACUCGAGAAAAAAGUAGAGGCAAUUGAAUGUAUUAAGCAGGCUUCAGCUGCCUUAUUAAAGGAGAGCAAAAAGAUGAAAUAUACAGAUUAUCAGUCUGCUGCUUUAUCAUCUUUAGCAGCCCUAAAUGCUAAGAAUAAUUUAAAUUUGUUUUGUGAUAUUUGGUCGAUAGUUGAAGACAUUCUGAAUCCAGAUAAAACUUUUGAGAUUCAAGAACUUUUUGAGACAUGUGCCGAAAAAGACUGGUAUCAACAUAUAAACACUUGUCUCCUUGUCGUUGUCUUAUCAUGGCAAACAGAUUUAGAAUUUCAAGAGAAAAUGUUCACUAAAGUAACUGAAUCACUCUUUAAAUUGGCUGCAUCGACUAAGAUGACUUCUUCAAAACUAGAAAUAGCAGCGCUAAGAACUCUAGCCCGUAUUGUUGAAAAAUCUGCGAAAACAGAUAUAUCAUUUGUCAAAAAUCUCAUACCGAAAUUUUGUCAAUAUGGACAAUCAGAUAACUUCAAUAUAAAAAUGACUGCAUUUGAGGCUCUAGGUUCUAUGCUUCAGCGCGUAAAAGAUUUGAACGAAGAAGAGAUUAUGCAGAUUAAAAAAGCUACAGACUCUCACCUAAGUAAUGAAGAUAUCGAGAAAUUUAGACAAUCUACGGUCGCUACCAAAGACAGUACAGUUAUAUGGAACACUUUAGUGGACUUUAAAAAAUGA